AUGUUACUCAACAAAACCAGAUUGGUUGGCUUCACAAAUAGCUCGCGAAAGUGCAAUAUGGAGAGCAAUACCACGUCAGAUGUAGUAAUUUUAAGUGGCAAUUCUCAUCCAGAACUUGCUGACCUAAUAGCGAAUCGUCUGGGUGUACGUAAAGGGGGAUGUUCAGUUUAUCACAAGACAAACAGAGAAACGAUGGUUGAAAUUGCAGAUUCAAUCAGAGGGAAAAACAUUUAUAUAGUUCAGACAGGAACAAAGGAUAAAAACAGGGAUGUUAACAACAAUAUCAUGGAACUGUUGAUAAUGGCUUAUGCUUGUAAGACCUCAUCGGCAAGUUCAAUAGUGGGGGUCAUUCCAUAUUUGCCGUACAGCAAACAAUGCAAAAUGAGAAAACGUGGUUGCAUCGUUACUAAACUACUGGCUAAAAUGAUGUGCAAGUCUGGUCUCUCACAUAUAAUCACAAUGGAUUUACAUCAAAAGGAAAUACAAGGUUUCUUUGAUUGUCCUGUCGACAAUUUGAGGGCAUCGCCUUUCCUAUUACAGUACAUACAAGAGAGUAUACCCGAUUAUCGCAACUCAGUGAUAGUUGCAAGAAACCCUGGUUCGGCCAAAAAGGCGACUUCAUACUCAGAACGUUUGAGACUUGCCAUAGCAGUUAUACACGGAGAACAGAAAGAAGCUGAGAGUGAUGAGGUGGAUGGACGGUACUCACCACCUUGUAUGCCCAGUGUGGACAGAUCUCGUACCAUGGAUGUCUCAGUAGGAGUUCCGGUGCACCCAGCCAAGGAAAAACCUCCAAUAAAUGUGGUCGGAGAUGUUGGGGGUAGAAUCGCUAUCAUGGUGGAUGAUAUGAUUGAUGACGUCCAAUCAUUUGUGGCUGCCGCUGAAGUUUUAAAGGAAUGUGGAGCUUACAAAAUAUAUGUCCUCGCAACACAUGGCUUACUGUCAUCUGAUGCUCCCCGAUUGAUUGAAGAUUCUCCUAUUGAUGAAGUUGUAGUCACAAACACUGUUCCUCACGAGCUACAGAAGAUGCAGUGUAACAAAAUAAAAACAAUCGACAUAUCAGUACUACUAAGCGAGGCCAUUCGUCGUAUACACAAUAAGGAAUCAAUGUCCUAUCUCUUCAAAAAUGUUACAUUGGAAGAUUAA